AUGAACUUUCGAGUUUUGAGAGUUUUGAUAAGAAGGUGUGAAUAUCGUAAUGUGCAACGCAUAUCUCUCAGAGAGGACGAAGCGAAUUUCCAGAGUCUAGUACAUAGUGUUUUUCAGUCUUAAAGAGCUGAUUUUGGAUCGUAAUGGGAUCAAGGAGCUACCGCACGAGCUCGUGCAGCUGAAGAAGUUGAGAAACAUUUCCCUGGCUGGAAAUUGCCUCAGCAGCUUGCCGUCUUUCUUCAACAUGCGAGCCCUCGCGCUAACGGACGUUUUGACGAAAACAGACCACAGCAAGGGCUGUAAAGAUGACAAGAAUAAUCAGAAUUUGUAUAAGGUCAACUUGCGAAAUAAUCAACUGAAAGGAAACAUCAUACUUGGAAAUUACGGAAAUUUAACGCAUCUAGACGUCAGUGAAAAUAGCAUUGAGAAAUUGGACAUCAGUGCUCUUCAAGAAUUGAGGAGCGUUCGUUGCGCGCGAAAUAUUUUAACAGAGCUGACGGUCUGUGGGAGAAAUAUCGUGUCUCUUAUUGCCGGAAACAACACAACAAUUUAGAUGCACUGCCCGAAUGGAUACCGGAUCUACCCUUGUUGCGCGCACUUUUUGCAUCUCACAACGCUUUAACAGCCCUACCAGACAGACUGUUGACGCAACCGUCGAGACUGGAAGUCCUUCACCUACCCCAUAAUAGGCUACAAGCUCUUCCACCACCCAGGAAACCACUAAACAUCGUUCACUUGACGCUGCAAGACAAUGCACUGACAGCAUUGCCAACGAGUUUCUUCCUCAACACGGAAAAGAUGAAAGUAUUGAAUCUCUCGAAUAAUCGACUGUCCGAGCUCCCGCACUUGGCAGAAGGAAAUAAAAAUCGUCACACUAAUCACAAUUUGGAGAAACUGUAUCUGACUGCGAAUUGCUUGACAGACACCGCUUUGGACACACUUGCCAAAUUGACUUCAUUGAGGGUUCUUCAUGUAGCCUAUAAUACUUUGGAUACACUUCCGGAAAGUUGUAUAGCUUCAUGGAGAGACCUAGAAGAAUUAGUACUAUCUGGGAAUCGUCUUCAAUACUUGCCCGAUAACGUGGCCAAUUUACGGCAUUUGGGCGUGUUGCGUGUCCACUCCAAUCGGCUUCUAACUUGCCCGACGUUUAACAAAACAGCAUCGUUGAAGGUAUUAGAUUUAGCUCAUAACCAUCUGGACAGGGUGAACUUGGCCACUCUAGUGCCACCACAACUUCAAUUUCUCGACAUAUCGUGCAAUUCGAGACUCCACGUGGACCCCAGACAAUUCCAGGUCUAUAGAUCGCAACGACCAAUAUCCUUGGUUGAUGUGUCUGGACAAAAUAGACCGAGUUUACCUUCUCAUCCUCAUCAGCAGGAAAUCGUUUCCGCGGAAAAGGGAUUGGAACAGCCAUGGAGAUUGGGUUUUUCAGAAACUGCUGGAUCCAGAGAAAGAUUGUACGUGUCGCAAGUUCGGAUGCCAUCCUUCUGUAACGUGGAGGGUCUGUUCGGUAUAUUCGACGGCGGUUCGAACCAAGAGGCGCCGUGCGCGCUCCAGGAAAUGAUUCCGCGCCUUUUGCUGGAAGAGAGGACCGUACGAGAGACGUCCAAGGAAUACUUAAAAUACACGUUACUGUCCGCUCACAGAGAGUUGAAGGAGAAAGGGCAAAAAUACGGGAUCGACGCCACUCUGGUGCACAUUGUCCGAAUUCAGGCGCUACAAGGAUACCCGAAAAUGUCGGCGAGAUAUUCGUUGAAGGUGGCUACCUCGGGUGACGCAAAGGCAGUUCUCUGUCGAGCUGCUGGCCCGUUGACUCUGGCAACUUCGAAAAAGGUCCCUGUGAAAAAUCAAUUAGGUAACGCGGCCAUGUUCCCUCUGGUGGUUCCCGACCCGACCUUCGAAGAAGUGGACCUAGAAGACGAUGACGAGUUUGUAAUAAUCGGCAACAGAAGAUUGUGGGAAGUGUUGAGCGUUCAGGAAGCCGUUCGGGAGGCCAGAGCUGAAGCCAGCCCUGUUUUGGCGGCUAAAAGACUUCAAGAUCUGGCGCAAGCCUACGGCGCGGAGGACAAUCUGAGCAUCGUGGUGGUACGACUGACUGGACCUAAUCAGGGUGAUUUGGAUCAAUUGAUGAGGGAACUGAGACACGCGGUUGGAAAGAACAGAGGUCAAACAGAAGCCGGAUGUCCUUGUGCUUGUUGCGUGCCACCUGCGGCUCACAAACCGCCGGGACCUUGCUGUUGUCACGCGAACGAAGGCUAUUAUUUGAACGGCGUGUUGAAAAGCAUAGUGAAUAGGUCAAACAAAGCUCACAACGGAUCCGGCAGAUAUUUCAAGAACCGUCGAUCGGCGCAGGAAAACGAAAGCCCACCGUACAAGGACGACAGGAGUUCACCGAGCGGUCAAUCCGAUCAAGCCAGCGACAGUACCUUCAAAUCGAGGCAUCCUUCUGGUAGAGUCUGGUCCGGGAACGCCGCAUCCAGAGCCACGAACAAAGCUCGGCAGAAUGUUCUCGUGAACGAAAAUGGCACGGGAAAGGUAUCUACCUGCUUAAUGGCUCAAGAGGACACUGUGUCUGAAAGAUCCGGCGCUUUAAGUGAGGAGCAAUUCCGUUGUUGGGAAUACAUGCUGGAACAAAACACUCAACUGCUGUUCGACAAGGAACUGGACACUCUGACGAGAACCCCUUUACGACGUGGCCAAUCGAGAUCAACGCCUCAAUUAACUAGCAAUUUGCCUUUUCUAUCGAAGAGGUUUGGAAGUGCCAGAUCCUUUAAUCCUUCUUUACCGAGACCGCCCAUUGUUCGAUUUGGCAGUGGAAGAAGAUUACUGAACGGAGGGCCAAAUGCAGCUUAUUUCGGCAGUCUACAGAGGCUAAUGCCGUAUAAUCUCGAGUACGAUUUCGCUGUCAUUCAAGAAAGAAACGGAUUAGAUUCGUUGGAGCAGGACGCGACGAGAAUGCAACAAUAUUGGGGAGUGGCUACAACUGAAUUGUGA